GGGGCAGCUCGAGGGUCAGCAGGUCGUUGUCCGACUGCGUGCCUGGGGCGGUGAUGGAUAUGGUGACGCGUGGCCUGGCAAGAGGAAGCGUUAGCCGUGUGUUUUAGGGUCGUGGUACAACAACGGUUUGGUUCGGAACUCACAUGUCUGGAGCGGGUGGGCGGCGUUCCUUGCGUGGUAUGCAGGUGAGGCUCAAAGCAGGCAAGAGAAUGUGGUACCGUGUGCUGGAGCAGAGUCGAGGGCGAGGAUUUGUUGGCUUAGGAGGGAUAGCGGGGGGGCUUCUGGGACUGCGGUUCGGCGCAGGUUCCUCCCAGAAAGUGGUCGAGUGCGCCCCGGGAAUUGCUUAUAAGGAAGCACGCCGGACGAGGGCAGUUUCUGGCCGUGAUUGCUGGUGCACCCGCCCGCGACGUGUGACUGCUAGAAGGCAAUGGAAGCCAGUGGGCCCCUCUUUCAGGCUCCAAUCGAGGUUAAUAAUCAGCGAGGGAGGGGGACAUGGACAUGGACAGGCCGCAACGACAUGAUGUUGUGGGAGAGUGAGUGACACGCAGGCAGGGCGGGCAGGCGGGAGAGGCGAGGCGGUCAGUCUGCGUAAUAUAGCAGCAUAGCUAGCUAGCUAGCAGUAGCAGCACGACGAACGAACGGCUCGACGAGGUUGGCUUGGCCUGGCCUGGGGUGGGGGAGGGACUGGACUG